GCGUCCCCGUCAAUCACCCAGGGUAGGCGUGUCCGUGGAGAGUUGAGCGGAGACGAAGGAGACCGUGGUGGACGGAGAGGUGGUGUCGGGAAAAAUGUCUUCGGUGCCUGACGGCAAAAAGCUGGUCCGGAGCCCCAGCGGUCUUCGCAUGGUCCCCGAGAACGGAGCGUUCAUCAGCCCCUUCUGCCUGGCCGAACCGCAGUGGGUCCCGGAUAAAGAGUGUCCCAGAUGUAUGCAGUGUGACGCCAAGUUUGACUUCAUCACACGGAAGCACCACUGUCGGCGCUGCGGCCGGUGCUUCUGUGACAAGUGCUGCAGCCACAAGGUGGCGCUGCCGCGCAUGUGCUUCGUGGACCCGGUGCGCCAGUGCGGCGCGUGUGGCGUGCUGUCCCAGCGGGAGAACGAGUUCUACGACAAACAGAUCAAGAUCCUCACCGGAGGCGCUGCCUUCGUUGUCACUCUGGACUCAUCGGGGAAAUCCCAGAACAUGACCUGCCGACUGGCCAACAACCACAGGUACCUGUUCCUGGAUGGGGAGAGCCACCUGGAGCUGGAGCUGUCGCGUAUCUCCAGCUUGCAGGUGCUGAUGGAGGAGUCUAGCCCAGGAGAGAGCAAGGAGCUCGCCUUCAGCCGUCUGCUAGAAAGCAAGUUCCUCUCCGAAGGUGGGGGGCCCCGGGCCAGUGGCUUGCUGCUGGUGCACCGGGCCCAGGGGUCCCAGGACCCCAUGCAGGUCCGCCUGGAGGCAGUGGAGGACCGAAAGGAAGCGUCGUGGUGGCUUGGGGCCAUGCACAAGGCAGCCAAACUGCUUUACGAAGCAAAGGACCAAUGAGUAGCCAGCUGGGCGGAGCUACACACAGACUACACCCCGGUUGACCUCUGACCUACCAGGACCCCAGACAACCUUUGACCUCGGCAAUCUUCCGGAUGUUGCUGGAUGCCGAUGAUGAUUCUUGCUCCUUUAUUGAUUAUUAGUGACGCUAACAAAACAACGCUACAAUACCGGAGAAGUGCUUCUGCCAAACUUGCAAAUCUUUUUAAUGACACUUCCUGCAGUCCCCGCCCAGAUUCCUGCGGUCUGUUAAGGACAUUGGGACAUCAUUGAUGAUGUCACAACACACCGACCAACCAACCAAGUAACCGACCCACCAGUGGCUCCCCUUGUUUGGUUGUAAAACUAGCGUGUGUGUGUUGCCCCCUGGUGGUCAGUCAGUGUUAUUUGCCCAUCGCACACCGACCCAGCAUGAGUUUUAAAUUUGAACGGCGACGUGAUGACGACAUUAAAAAAAACCUCCCGGGACCACAGUUUACAUGCACAGGUGUGAAGUUUCCAUGGAAACCACCAGCCUGAAACACACACCUCUAAGGAUCAGCCCGGCUGUAGAGUUCACUUAACCGCUUUUAAUGUACUUCCACGUAUCACAUUUUUGUAAGAAGUAUUUUGUUAAAUAUUCCUAUUUUAACACAAA